CACCAGACCUGAAACGUACACAACGCAGGCGAAAACCGUCGAUCCAAGCCAACCAUGAGGCCGCUCACCUAUGUCUUCUUCCUCCUGCUCAUCUCGUCAACCAGCGAGUCCUCCGCUACUACAUUAGAAGACACAUGCAAAUCCUUCGCCGCAGGCCACCCGUCCAUCGGCUACAACUACUGCGUCAAGACCUUCCACGCCGACAGCGCGAGCGCCACCGCCGACGCGCGCGGCCUCGCCGCCAUCGCGGCAAAGAUCGCGGGGGCGACAGCCAACGGCACGGCCAGACGCAUCGCCGCAUUGUGCGCCUCGGAGGAGGACGCCGGGAGGCGGGAGCGCCUCGGCGUGUGCGCGGAGGUGUACUCGGACGCCGUGGACCAGCUCGGCGAGGCCGCGAAAGACAUCGCCCGGGGCGAGGACAAGUCCACCCGGGACGCGCUCACGCAGCUCAGCGCGGCGCUGGACGCGCCCGGGACCUGCGAGGACGCGUUCGGCGAGGCCGACGACGCGUCGCCGCUGGCCGCGGAGGACGCCGAGUUCAGGAAGCUGGCGACUAUCGCCCUCGGCGUCACGGCGUUGCUGUCACCGCCGCCGUCGGCGCCGGGGAUCAGUGACUGAUAGUGCGUCCGUGUUGAGCAUGCUUAGCAUGGACAGGCAGGAUCAAAUAAGGUUUUCCGAUGAUUUCCAUUGCAAGUGUGUGGUUUUUAAUCUUUCCGUGCUUUCGUUUCGUUUGGACGUGUUUGAUUGUGUGGUGAGUGCGUUGCAUGCCUCGCAUGCAGUGGUUUGAUCGAUGGUGGUGUGGUGGGCGAGUGGCCAGCUUGGAAUCUGCUCCCGCUUUUUUUGAUCUUUGAACGUGGGGUGUUGGUUGUGCAUGUGUGUCGUGGAACGUUGAGUGGAAGGAAGGCAUGCUGCCUGCUGUAGCGCACCUUUGCCUUCCGAUCUCGGCAUAUCUUUUUUCCCUCCAUGGUUCAUGGACAUAUAUAUGGUUUUCAAUGUUCGUUA